AUGUCAAGGAUCCCAGCGGGAAGUCAUGAUGGACUAGAAACAGAUGAAGUUCUCGAUCCGCAGCUGAGCUAUGAACUGGCAAACGAAGUUUCAAGAGACGACCAUGAAGACACCUAUGGGGAUGACAUUUGGGAGUCAGAAGAUAUGCAGCCGGUAAUGCAGGAAGGCCAUUCGUUAGAUUCAUUUUCAGAAUAUCAUCCAAAGGAGGUGUUGGAGAAAAAAAACUCUCCGUACCGUGAUGAACAAGUGUCUAUGGCUCAACGUUCGUAUCCUUCGGAAUCUCCAUUUGGCAGUGCCUCUUCCCUCAAUUCUAUGGAAUCUCCUAUCCCAUUACAAUCUUCUACGCUUCUUUGGGACCCUAGUGUGAAAGAGGUGGACGAUAUUUUACAUAAUGAGGAUUUUCAUGAUGGUCGAGAUUUUAAUGUUUUCACGCUUCGUGGUUUCGUUAAUAUUCUAACUCUUAUUUUACUAAGUUGCGGACUUUUAAUGCUUUUCAUCGGCUAUCCAAUUUUGUCUGCGGUGGACGUCGAGAAGCAAAGGAAAAAGGAAGAGGCUUAA